AUGAUAAUGAACAACCAAACUGUCAUCUCACAGUUCCUCCUCCUGGGCCUGCCCAUCCCCCCAGAGCACCAAUACCUGUUUUAUGCCCUGUUUCUUGCCAUGUACCUCACCACUGUCCUAGGAAAUCUGCUAAUCAUUGUCCUCAUUCAACUGGACUCCCAUCUCCACACACCAAUGUACUUAUUUCUUAGCAACUUGUCUUUCUCUGAUCUCUGCUUUUCCUCUGUCACAAUGCCCAAGUUGCUGCAGAACAUGCUGAGUCAGGAGCCAUCCAUCCCUUAUGGAGGUUGCCUGGCACAAAUAUUCUUCUUUAUGCUUUUUGGAGAUAUGGAGAGUUUCCUUCUUGUGGCCAUGGCCUAUGACCGCUAUGUGGCCAUCUGCUUCCCUCUGCAUUAUACCAGAAUCAUGAGCCCCAAGCUGUGUAUUUGUCUGGUGCUACUAUUGUGGAUACUGACGACAUCACAUGCCACAAUGCAAAUUCUGCUCACGUUAAGACUGUCUUUUUGUGAGAACAAUGUGCUUCUCAACUUUUUCUGUGACAUAUUUGUUCUCCUAAAGCUGGCCUGCUCAGACACUUACGUUAAUGAUUUCAUGAUACUUAUCAUGGGAGGGCUCAUCAUUAUUAUUCCAUUUCUGCUCAUUAUUAUGUCCUAUGCAAGAAUCAUCUCCUCCAUACUUAAGGUUCCAUCUGCUCAAGGCAUCCACAAGGUCUUCUCUACCUGUGGCUCUCAUCUGUCUGUGGUGUCUCUGUUCUAUGGGACAAUUAUCGGUCUUUACUUAUGUCCAUCAGGAAAUAAUUUCAGUCUACAGGGGUCUGCAAUGGCCAUGAUGUACACAGUGGUGACUCCCAUGCUGAACCCCUUCAUCUACAGCCUGAGAAACAGAGACAUGAAGAGAGCCCUAAUAAGAGUUAUUUGUCGUAAGAAAAUUUCUCUGUAA